GACCGCGGACGGCGGCCACCAGCCCGCGCGCCCUUUCGCGACCGCGACACCAUGGCCCCCGCCCGCCUCCUCGCGCUGCUGCUGCUGCUCCUCGUGGGCGCCCCCGCCGCUGCCGCGGAGUCGAUCCGAGAGACCGAGGUCAUCGACCCGCACGACCUAGAAAGCCGGUACCCUUCCGGACCGCUGCCCGAUGACGAGGAUGGGGGGGGGCCCGAGCAGGAGUCCGACGACUUCGAGCUGUCUGGCUCUGGAGAUCUGGAUGAGCCAGAGGACCCCAAGGUCUUUCCUGAAGUCAUCCACCCCUUGGUGCCCUUAGAUAACCGCAUUCCUGAGAGGGUGGGGCCUGGAAGCCGAGCCCCCUCGGAACCUGGGGAGCUGGAGGAGAAUGAGGUCAUCCCCAAGAAGCUCUCGCCACCUGUCGGAGGGGUCGAGGAGAUAUCCAACAGGGUGUCCAUGUCCAGCACUGCCCAGGGCAGCAGCAUCUUUGAGAGGACAGAGGUCCUGGCAGCUCUGAUUGUGGGCGGCGGCGUGGGCAUCCUCUUUGCCAUCUUCCUGGUCCUGCUGCUGAUGUACCGCAUGAAGAAAAAGGACGAAGGCAGCUACGACCUGGGCAAGAAACCCAUCUACAAAAAAGCCCCCACCAAUGAGUUCUACGCCUGAAGCUUCCUCACGGGCCCUGGCUUGGACUUGAGGCGGGUGGAAAGUGGAAGGAUUUUGGGAGGUUGGACGUUAGGGGAGGGGGAGGGCAAUCUAAAACUGACCUGUCGGUAUCUUCAGCCCUGAUUAAGUGUCAUGGGACAGGAGGGACAUCACCUUCUCCUGUCCCUGCCUGCCUCUUCUUCAUUCUCUGGGCCCCAAUGGUCCCAGCGGAAAAAUGAGGCUAAACGUGGCCUUUCAGAAGACGAGUCAAGGAUUGGAUGGUUGCUUCAUCUUCCAGUUUAGAAUCUAGGCGGAGCGUAGAGCCCGUAUUGACCACGCCUCGCCAGGACCUCUGGGAGCCGCGCUAGGAGUCCUGCUGGAGGGCUGACCCCCGGGGCCUUCCUCCCGCCCCCGCCCCCACUUCCGUUUCACAGCUGGUCCUUCUACCAGGAACCUGGAGCAGGAACUAGAACCAUCCGCACCUGGAGAGGUGUCAGUCCAAGGGCAGCGCGUCCACACUGCAGAAGUGUGUGCGUGGGGCCUCGGGCUCUUUCAAGUGUCUUUUGGAAAAUAAGCUUUUUUAAAAAAAAUUUGGGGAGGGUGGGGAGAAGAGCUGGAAGUUCAUACUGAAAUGGAUUUGUGGAGUGUUUGUAAAUCUAUUUUUAGUGGGUUGUUUUUGGUUUUUUUUACGAUUCAUUCCUCUCUGCCUGGGCACGAGUGCACAGGUGCCGGGUGGUCUCGGCUCUCCUGCACAUUCCCGCCACGCCUGCUACAUUUGUAUUUAAUGGGUUUUUUGGAUUUGUUUGUUUUUCUUGAAAAUGAGAGACAAGCCGGAGAUAUGAUUUUUAUUAUUAUUUUUUACUAUUUAUAGCUUCAGACAGAGCCUCUUUUUCUUCUUUUUCUUUGAACCCCCUCCCCAUUUUAUAAGGCACCUUCUACAGUCCUCUGCCACGGCUUUGACCCUUUCCGAAGCUGCUCCUUUAAGAAGUAGCUUUUGCUGAGACAUAGUUUUCUAGCAGAUCCCAAAAUAUCAUGUAAGGGAUGAUAGGAUAUUUGUGUCUCUUUCCUUGUAAUAUAUUAUUAUUCUUCCUCGGUUCUAGAAAAAUAGAUAAAUAUAUUUUUUCAGGAGAUAGUAUGAUAUUUCCCAUUCGAAGUUGCCGGGUGGUUGAGUGAGUGAAUUCUGAUGUGGCCGAGGGGGCUUCUGCCUCUUUCUCUUGCCCCGUCCCUGGUGCCUUCCCACUGGGCUGGAAUAGAACACGCAUCAUAUUCUACCUUCUCUCCAGCUUCUGCUUGGAGCCCAGCUGGUGUUCCUUCAUUUCUCCAAAUUUGAGAGGCAACCGGGGAGCUGUGCUAGCCCAUACAGUAACCACCAGCCACAUGUGGCUAUUUAAGUCCAUUAAAAUUACAUAAAGUUAAAAAUCCAUUCCUCAGUGGCACUAACGUGCUCGGCUGCCACCUGGGGCUAGUGCCUGCUGUAGCCAGAAGCAGGUGGAGACCGUCUCCAUCUAAGGGCCCAGCACUGCUGGGGAACCAAACUGGCUGUGCAAGUCACAGCCCCAGCUUUGCUGGGGCGACCUUUGCCUCCCUGGGUGCAGGGAGGGGUCGGGGAGGGCUGAUUGGGCCCUAGCUCUGGAGCUUGUUAUCUGCCAGAGAGGAAAGGCCUAGUGGAUCAGCCCGGGUAGGCUGCAGUCUCCCGACCCCACUGGCUGGGGUGGGUGGGAUCAGCUUCACUGCCCGCGCCUUCCCCCAUCCCCAUGACCCAGGGCUCCCAGCUGGCUGGGUCCUCUUCUGCACCAGCCCCCCAUCCCCCGGGUCCUUUCCUCUGGCUACGUCGGAAGUCAGCACCUCCUGUAGGCCCUUCACACUGUUGUCUGUUACUGAUUUUUUGAUAAAAAGAUAAUAAAACCUGGUACUUUCUA